AUAUUCUGUGGUCAGCGCUAAAAAAUUAACCUUACCUUAAUCAGAGACCUCAAUUGAGAAAAUUUACAAACAAUACACGAAAAUGUCCAAAGCGGCUUCUAGAUUGAAAAAUAUGAAAAAAUCAGUUGAAAAAAUUAAGCACGGACAUAUAAGAACGAAUAUUCCAGCCGGAUUAGCAUCUGCUGGUCCACCUUUGGGUCCAGUACUUGGGCAGAGAGGAAUCAAUAUUGCUGCGUUUUGUAAAGAUUUUAAUGAGAAAACGAAAGAUAUCAAAGAAGGAAUACCAUUACCAACGAAAGUUUUUGUUAACCCUGAUCGUAGCUAUGAACUUAUUAUUCACAAACCUCCUGUAGUUUAUUAUUUGAAACAAGCUGCUGGAAUUCAGAAAGCCGCACUAAAAGGGGGAGAUGAAAUAGCUGGUAUGGUUACAUUGAAACAUGUUUACGAGAUAGCUAAAAUAAAACAGGAGGAUCCACCUCUACAGAUUAAGCCUCUUCAACAAAUUUGUGAAAUGAUAUGUGGAACAGCUAGGUCAUGUGGAAUUAAAGUUGUUAAAAGUUUAGAUGCCAAAGAAUAUAGUGAAUUUUUAGAGAAAAGGAAACAGUUUGUGGAGGAAGUUCAAAAAGAACUCCAAGAAAAGAAAGAAGUUAAAAUGUUGAGAACAGGAUAACUGGUAGAUACAUUCUAAUGUAGAGGUAAUAAAUUCAUUUACUCAAA